AUGCUAAAUGGGGAAGACUUUGUAGAGCAUAAUGAUAUCCUAUCGUCUCCGGCAAAAAGCAGGAAUGUAACCCCAAAAAGGGUUGACCCACAUGGAGAAAGACAACUGAGAAGAAUUCAUUCAUCAAAGAAGAAUUUGUUGGAAAGAAUCUCGCUUGUAGGCAACGAAAGGAAAAAUACAUCUCCAGAUCCGGCACUCAAACCUAAAACGCCAAGUAAAGCUCCCCGUAAACGUGGAAGACCAAGAAAGAUACAGGAAGAAUUAACUGAUAGGAUCAAGAAGGAUGAGAAAGAUACAAUUUCCUCUAAGAAAAAGAGGAAAUUGGACAAAGAUACAUCAGGUAAUGUCAAUGAGGAAAGCAAGACUUCUAACAACAAGCAGGUGAUGGAAAAGACGGGGAUAAAAGAGAAAAGAGAACGCGAAAAAAUACAGGUAGCGACCACAACAUAUGAAGAUAAUGUGACUCCACAAACUGAUGAUAAUUUUGUAUCAAAUUCACCCGAGCCACCAGAACCUGCAACACCAUCUAAGAAGUCUUUAACCACUAAUCAUGAUUUUACUUCGCCCCUAAAGCAAAUUAUAAUGAAUAAUUUAAAAGAAUAUAAAGACUCAACCUCCCCAGGUAAAUUAACCUUGAGUAGAAAUUUUACUCCAACCCCUGUACCGAAAAAUAAAAAGCUCUACCAAACUUCGGAAACCAAGUCAGCAAGCUCGUUUUUGGAUACUUUUGAAGGAUAUUUCGACCAAAGAAAAAUUGUCAGAACUAAUGCGAAGUCAAGGCACACCAUGUCAAUGGCACCUGACGUUACCAGAGAAGAGUUUUCCCUAGUAUCAAACUUUUUCAACGAAAAUUUUCAAAAACGUCCCAGGCAAAAGUUAUUUGAAAUUCAGAAAAAAAUGUUUCCCCAGUAUUGGUUUGAAUUGACUCAAGGAUUCUCCUUAUUAUUUUAUGGUGUAGGUUCGAAACGUAAUUUUUUGGAAGAGUUUGCCAUUGACUACUUGUCUCCGAAAAUCGCGUACUCGCAACUGGCUUAUGAGAAUGAAUUACAACAAAACAAACCUGUAAAUUCCAUCCCAUGCCUUAUUUUAAAUGGUUACAACCCUAGCUGUAACUAUCGUGACGUCUUCAAAGAGAUUACCGAUCUUUUGGUCCCCGCUGAGUUGACAAGAAGCGAAACUAAGUACUGGGGCAAUCAUGUGAUUUUGCAGAUCCAAAAGAUGAUUGAUUUCUACAAAAAUCAACCUUUAGAUAUCAAAUUAAUACUUGUAGUGCAUAAUCUGGAUGGUCCUAGCAUAAGGAAAAACACUUUUCAGACGAUGCUAAGCUUCCUCUCCGUCAUCAGACAAAUCGCCAUAGUCGCCUCUACAGACCACAUUUACGCUCCGCUCCUCUGGGACAACAUGAAGGCCCAAAACUACAACUUUGUCUUUCAUGAUAUUUCGAAUUUUGAACCGUCGACAGUCGAGUCUACGUUCCAAGAUGUGAUGAAGAUGGGUAAAAGCGAUACCAGCAGUGGUGCUGAAGGUGCGAAAUACGUCUUACAAUCACUUACUGUGAACUCCAAGAAGAUGUAUAAGUUGCUUAUUGAAACACAAAUGCAGAAUAUGGGGAAUCUAUCCGCUAACACAGGUCCUAAGCGUGGUACUCAAAGAACUGGAGUAGAACUUAAACUUUUCAACCAUCUCUGUGCCGCUGAUUUUAUUGCUUCUAAUGAGAUAGCUCUAAGGUCGAUGCUUAGAGAAUUCAUAGAACAUAAAAUGGCCAACAUAACUAAGAACAAUUCUGGAAUGGAAAUUAUUUGGGUACCCUACACGUAUGCGGAACUUGAAAAACUUCUGAAAACCGUUUUAAAUACUCUAUAA